GGCAAGUUCUCUUUAAACCUUACCUUACAAUAUAAAGCUCUGAGGAAGGAAGCUCUGUUGAGGAGUAAUACGAUGACGCAGACGCCCUUCAUCGGGAAACUCGCAAUAUUCUUAUCCUUCUUCGCCUGCGUCGGCUGUCUGUCCUCCGCCACGGCCCGCGGCACCGUUCUCCGCUUCCGCUCAGGCUCCCCCACCUUCAAGAUCGUCCUCUUUGCAGACCUGCAUUUUGGGGAGGAUGCCUGGACUGAUUGGGGCCCUCUUCAAGACGCUAAUUCCUCUCGAGUCAUGUCCACUGUCCUCGACCUUGAGAAUCCAGAUUUGGUAGUAUACCUUGGAGAUGUGAUUACAGCAAACAACAUUCCAACAGCCAAUGCAAGUUUGUAUUGGGAUCAGGCAAUCUCUCCAACAAAAGCCAGGGGUAUUCCAUGGGCCAGUGUGUUUGGAAAUCACGACGACGCGCCAUUUUCGUGGCCGAUCGACUGGUUUUCUGCUACCGGAAUUCCUCCACACCGUUGCCGGGACGAUGCUACCUCAUGUUCAGGAUUAGAAGAAGAAUGUGAGUUUAGAGGCACACAACGGUUGGAUUUGAUGAAAAAUGAGGUGAAGAAUAGGAAGCUAUCACAAUCUAGAAAUGGUCCAAAACAUCUCUGGCCAAGUGUAUCAAACUAUUAUGUCCAAAUCUCUCCAUUCUUUGAUGAUUGCCAAUCGCCAGUAAUGAACUUGUAUUUCUUAGACUCUGGUGGUGGUUCUUAUCCAGAAGUAAUAUCCAGUGCUCAAGUUGAAUGGUUUCGGCAUACAGCACAACAAAUCAAUCCUAAUUCUAGCAUACCAGAGAUUGUUUUUUGGCACAUACCAAGUGGAGCAUACGAGCAGGUGGCUCCAUCUUGCAUACAAAAGCCUUGUGUUGGUUCAAUUAACAUGGAGAAAGUUGCUGCUCAACAAGCUGAAUUUGGCAUCAUGAGUCUACUUCAACAAAGACCUUCUGUCAAGGCAGUGUUUGUAGGACACAACCAUGGAUUGGAUUGGUGCUGCCCUCACAGCCCUCACAACGCUACAAAUAAGCUUUGGCUGUGCUUUGCAAGACACAGUGGCUAUGGUGGCUAUGGAAACUGGGCAAGAGGAGCUAGGAUCAUCCAAAUCACCCAUCAACCCUUCUCCCUCAAAUCUUGGAUUAGGAUGGAGGAUGCUCAAUUACAUAGUCCAAUCACCUUCACUUCAUAGAUUCUCGAAACACAAUCUUAAGCUCGUUACACAUUUCAAAACCUAUGUCGAAAAAGUCAAAUGAUUGACUUUUCUAUGAUUGCCAUUUAGAUUCGUGCUCAGUGUCACGGUCUUACUUGUCCAAGGUGUGUUGUCUAUGGCCACAUAUCGGAUGUCUCGGUCAUGCUUGUUCAAGACGUGUUGUUUAUAGCCGCAUGCCCGUUCCAAACCCCUUUUAGAUGCUUUCAUCUUAUACAGCUCUUUACUA